CGCGCCAGAGUCCUGAGGAGAAGGUUGCGACCACACGCGGGAAAAGCGGCUCCCGGUGACCAUUACUCUUUCGCUUUCCACGGGAGACGCCGGAAGGGGAGGAAGAAGGGGAACGGACCCCCUUCUCAAAAUGGGGGAACCGGCGACUCUAGGGUUAGGGGCCAGGGUUUGGAGUAGAUUCUCCCAGAAGAGGGGAUGGGUCCUUUCUCGAAGAACUGGAUUCCUCGGUGUACAGGGAAAGAAAGGCUGCCGUGUAUGUUGCAAAUCGUCCUGGAAUCAGCUUCAGGAUCUGUGCCGACUAGCCAAGCUUUCUUGUCCUGCCCUUGGCAUUUCUAAGAAGAAUCUUUAUGACUUUGAAGUCGAGUACCUGUGUGAUUAUAAGAAGAUCCGUGAUCAGGAGUACUACCUGGUUAAAUGGCGUGGAUAUCCCGAGUCAGAGAAUACCUGGGAGCCACGGCAGAAUCUCAAAUGCGUGCGCAUUCUCAAGCAGUUCCACAAGGACUUAGAAAGAGAGCUGCUCCGCCGGCAUCGCCGGUCAAAGCCACCCAGGCACCUGGACCCAAACUUAGCCAACUACCUGGUGCAGAAGGCCAAGCAGAGGCGGGCACUGCAGCGCUGGGAGCAAGAGCUCAAUGCCAAGCGCAGCCACCUGGGACGCAUCACUGUGGAGAAUGAGGUAGACCUGGAUGGCCCUCCACGGUCUUUUGUCUAUAUCAAUGAGUAUCGUGUUGGUGAGGGCAUCACCCUCAACCAGGUGGCUGUUGGCUGUGAGUGCCAGGACUGUCUGUUGGCACCCACUGGAGGCUGUUGCCCUGGAGCAUCCAUGCACAAGUUUGCCUACAAUGACCAAGGCCAGGUGCGGCUGAAAGCUGGGCAGCCCAUCUACGAGUGCAACUCCCGAUGUUGCUGUGGCUAUGAUUGCCCUAACCGUGUAGUCCAGAAAGGCAUCCGCUACGACCUCUGCAUCUUCCGCACUAAUGAUGGGCGAGGCUGGGGUGUCCGCACACUGGAAAAGAUCCGCAAAAAUAGCUUUGUUAUGGAGUAUGUGGGAGAGAUUAUUACCUCAGAGGAGGCAGAGCGGCGGGGCCAGAUCUACGACCGCCAGGGCGCCACCUACCUCUUUGACCUGGACUACGUGGAAGACGUAUAUACCGUGGAUGCCGCCUAUUAUGGCAACAUCUCUCAUUUUGUCAACCAUAGUUGUGAUCCCAACCUGCAGGUGUACAACGUAUUCAUAGACAACCUUGAUGAGCGACUACCCCGCAUCGCUUUCUUUGCCACAAGAACCAUCUGGGCGGGCGAGGAGCUCACCUUUGAUUACAACAUGCAAGUGGACCCCGUGGACAUGGAAAGUACCAGAAUGGACUCCAACUUUGGCCUGGCUGGGCUCCCUGGCUCCCCCAAGAAACGGGUCCGUAUUGAAUGCAAAUGUGGGACAACAGCUUGCCGAAAAUACCUCUUCUAAGCCCUGAGAAGUUUGAGGCCACACUAAUUGAAGGGGCCCGAAGCCACCUUCCUCUACUGCUGCCCUCUUGUCAAGAAUGACCAUCAGAGCCUUGUCUGCCUCUACUUGUCCUCAUCUGCCCCGACCUGUUGCCCACCUGCUCUGCUCCAAGGUCAGGGCUGUGGUGAGGACUGACUCUGGGUACCCUUUCUCUGCUCCUUUCCCUUGUCCCAGGCCCAUCAGGCAUUGCACUUAAAACUCCCAGCCCCAUUUUCAGGAGUAUAUUUUUCACGUCAGGAUUCCCUGAAGUUGGAAUUCAUGUUAUGUCAUGGAAGUCUAAAGAGUGAGGAACUCAGCCCCAGAAAUGAUUUUUUUGGACAGCAUUUCUGUAACUCUAUGUAGUUCAGGCUGGUGUUAGACUCUUAAUCCUCCUGUCUCAGCUUUCUACAUGCUGUGCAUAUAGGUGUAUACCCAGCUAAGAUUUUUCUUUUAAUUGCUUCUGCUUGGAGCCUUUGUGACGUGUUGCAGGCCUCUUCACUGUUCUUAAGUUUGAGGAAGCAACCCCCAGGCAGACAAACAUCAGAGCUCAGAAAAAUGCCAGACUAACUCUAUCAACAACCACAGAGCCUUUGUAGUUGUGAAAGAAAAGGGGAUCUCUAGGGCUAGUGGAUAAGACUGGUUCUGCUCAUCAUGCUUUUGAUGCUGGGUAGUAUUGACCACAGGGUCUCAGAGUUGCAAGUCUGAGAAGUAGUUGCCCAAGUGCUACCAAAAUGGGGGUGGGAUGAAUACCUCUUUGAAAGCUCCACGGGAAGAUUAGGACUGAGUUUUACCAUCAGGGAGUAAAGAGUUUUAGAUGUGCUGGAAACCCUGCCUUGGCAUGUAAUACCACUGGAACUACUAGAAGCUGAACCCAAGAUAUAGAUAGUCUGUAGAUAGCACUUAAGACAAUAAUGUGCAUUGACCAGAAGUUGAUGAGGUGCCAGGCACUGGGUCCAUAUGAAUUGUCUCAGGGAUGCCUUGAAAACCACAGCAGUGGAGCCCAGGACUAGGCCAAAAAUGAUUGGGGAGAACUUAUUCACUAGAAUAUGGUGAGAUGAGAGCUAAACCCCCUUUUACUUGUCAGCUUCAAGUAUUUACCUGGGUCCACUAGUCUCAAAAGUUAAACUGCCUAGAAAUGUACAAAAGGCAGAGAUUCUGAUGGCUGCCCUGCCCCCUGCUCUCCUCAUUUUCUUCAGGAAGCCUUUCCUGACUUCCUGUGCCCAGAGUGUCCCUAUGUGAGACUGUGCACCCUGCUACCGGAUCUCUGUGUCUGUAUGUGUCCUGCCCACACCUCCAAGGCUGACCUUCAGGCAUGGACUGAAUCUGGUUCUCUUGUGUACCCCUCAGCCCUCCCCAGCCUGGAGUGUGCAUCAAUAAAUUGCGUUGUUGAAAACUAGAAAC